GCGAAAUUUCAUGUUUUUAACAUAUCCUAGUGAUGAUUUCUCGCAGAAAUUCACUUGAUUUUGCUUUGAUUAUAUGCCAAAUUAUUGCGCUUCAAUCCUUAUUCUAUCUUUCCCAGACAGUCCUUAUACAGUUUAUGUCUUAUGUCUUAGAAAAACCUGUUUCUUUAGAUUAUAUUUUUGAUUUUCAUAAAAUAACACUUGAUAAUAACGAGACAGUUAUUACUGGAUUAGUCUGGGACAUAAAUAGCAUAUUCGGUGUCCUUAUUAUAUUUUUUAUUGUUCGGCGAUCAAAGCAGGUGCUUGAUUUUACAUUGACAAUGCAUUUUAUCCAUUUCAUUAUUGUUUUAUUAUAUUCUGGUUCCUUACCGACUAAUAUAUAUUGGUGGGUUGUCCAAAUAAUCAGUUGUUUAUCUAUAUGUUUGGGUGGUGAAUGGAUAUGUAUGCAAAGAGAAUUGAAACCUAUUUUCUUUGGAAGCUGGCAAAACCCUUCUAUGAUAGAAUCAAAUUCGCAUAUUGAACAAUAUGAACUCGAUAAGAUUGAUGCUCAGAAGCGUUGUGAAGCUCUUUGCUGAUAUUAUUUCUGUUUUAUUAUUAGUCUCUAUCCUGAUGGAUUUAC